AUGGGGUUCGCAUCCGCGUAUGACACCUGGGUAACACCCAUGACCCGCGAGGCUGUAAUAUUCGGUCCUAUGGUUUGCUUCUGGUUCUCGCUUCAGUACAUCUUCGCACGGAUGCUGCCGUCGCACAUGCCGAAUUGGAAGAGGCUGACGAGGGCUCAGCAAGAUGACAUGAUUGUGCGGUGCUGCAGCAUCGUCAACGGCUGCUUAAUGUCCGUGUCUGCCGUCCUGUUCUUUGUGAAUCUCAUCAAACACGGCGGUGUGGUACCGAACGACCUGUACGCGACGGUGCCGUACUAUCGAUUUAGCCGGGUGACCAUCUCCGCCUACUUUGUGUGGGAUAUAUUCGUGUGCUUCUACUACAACUGGACCUGGGCAUGGAAACUACACGGCUUCUGCAGCUUCGUUGGCAGCUACACCCUCCUCUUUCCCUUCUCCGAACAUUACGCCGGGUACUACACUGGUUGCUUCGAGCUGAGCAAUGGCUUCCUGCACGUCUCUGUGAUGCUGCGCACCAUGUCGGGCAUCGCAGACCAGCGGACGCAGUGGUCCCUCAUCGAAACCCUCAACAACUGCGCCACCGUGUGCGAGUACAUCUUUGGCGGCCUCUACGCUCUUAUCCGCGUCAUUGGCGGCACCUACGUCACCGGCAGCUGGAUGUACAACCUGCUGAGCACAUGGCGGUCCGACAUCGUCCACGGUGGAGAGCCUGGGUACACACCAAAGCUACACAAUGAGGUGGCGGUGGGGAUCGCUUCGGUCGCCCUGUCUGUCUUGCAACUGCUGCAGUACUUUUGGUUCGGUGAGAUCUUCAGGCGAGCCAUUGGCGGCGGUGGUGGCGGCGAGGAGGACAGGAAAGUGGCAGCUUCUGGCGCAUCGAAGGCUGAGGGCAAGAAGAGGAGUUAA